AUGUCUUUCUAUGGGAUCGCGGGUCUCUUUAUUAGUUGCUAUUUGUGGUGCACUAUUUUGUGGAAUGUGGGUAGUGGUUAUGAUCUUUUCGACCGAAAAGAAGGGAUAGUACGUAUUUUUCGUUGGGGAUUUCCUGGAAAAAGCCGUCGUAUCUUUUUACGAUUCCUUAUAAAAGAUAUUCAGUCCAUCACAAUCGAAGUUAAAGAGGGUGUUUCUGCCCGGCGUGUCCUUUAUAUGGAAAUUCGAGGUCAAGGGGCUAUUCCUUUAAUUCGUACUGAUGAGAAUUUUACUACACGAGAAAUUGAGCAAAAAGCUGCUGAAUUGGCUUACUUCUUGCGUGUACCAAUUGAAGUAUUUUGA